GCAAGGCAAGCCAGGGCAGGGCAAUGAGGCAAGGCAAGACAGGCAAUCCGGCAGGCAAGGUCACGUCGGGUUACCUGACGGGCAAGACGGAUCUGGGGCUGACCUUGCCGCCUCCGCCGCUGACGUUCCCGCAGUCGUUCUGCGGUCCUGCGUCAGCGCGCGGCCUCCGCCCAGCCUCGUCAGCGCCUCAGGAGAAGGCUUCUUGGCUCCAUUCCCUCCUCCGCGGCCACGACCUGUCGUCCUCCGAGGUGCCAGAGCCGCUCUUAAUUACUGUUUACGGCCGCGCGCGGGGGGGGGGGGCUCAGGUGUGGUUCCCGAGGCUCAGGUGUGUCUCUGACGUCACGGGCUCCACUUACCGAGAAGGCUCCGCACCUCCGGCGGCCGCAGCUGCGCGACACAUGUUUGCCGGGCGAUUACGGGGCGUCGCCGAGGGUAUUUUGGGAGGCGGUGACUCACCUCGAUUAUGUUCGCCAUGUAUGCCGCUCAUAUUAACGUGUUUGGAAAUAGAAGUCGUUGCUCGUUAGAGAGAAAAAAAACAUUGCUAUUUAUAGCCAAGGCGACAUGCAGUAUUGAUGAGUGUUGGGGACGCGGCGCCGGCGGGAGGCUGCGCCGCGGGAAUCGCCUCGUACGUGAUUUA